AUGAGAAACCUACGAUUACAAAGAGCUUUCACAAAGAAAAAUGACACUAUUGGUCGAGUUAAACCAAAGGGUCGAUGCAAAAAACAUCCAAAACAUAACCAAUCACCCGGUGUGUGUUCUCUUUGUUUGAGAGAAAAGCUUUCUCAACUUUCUUCUUUUAGUUCAAAUAACACGACAUUUUUUGUUGCUAAUGAUGGUUCUUCAAGUUCUUCUUCUUAUGUUUCUUCAUUAUCAUCUUAUUAUUCUUCCUCUUCCGUUUCUUCUUGUGCUUCUCCUUUGCAUUGUUUUUGUUUCAAUAGCGAGGGAAAAAGUGGCUACUUAUCGAUAUUUUUUGUUAGUGGCCAACAUGAAAUCAUAAAGAACAAGUCAUUUUCAAGAAGGAGAGAAUGUGAAGGUGGUGUUGAGCAUGGAAAUAAUAAAAGAAGUAGCUUUUGGUUCAAGUUGUUUCAAGCUAAAAGAAAUCAAAGUGAGGGUUAA